AUGCGAGUUGAUAGUACUGGCACUAAAGAGCCUAUACUGCAAAAACAAGGUGAUAGGCAUAUAUUAUUACAAGUUCCUGGUGAAGAAGAUCCAACCUAUUUAAAAAAUAUCUUAGGUAAAACUGCCAAAGUAACUUUUCAUUUAGUUGAUGAAAAUGCCAAUGUUGAAGAAGCAGUAAAAGGUCAUGUGCCUAUGUGUUCAAUGCUUGUUCAAGGGGAUAGAAUGGGUUAUUUAGUUGUAAAGAAAAAAGCUAUUUUAGGUGGUGAUUCAUUAACAACUGCCGCAGCCUCUUUUGACCAGAAUUCACAAGCAGGUGUAUCAUUUUCUUUUAAUAGUUUGGGUAGUAAAUUAUUUGGUGAAGUUACUAAAAAUAAUGUUGGAAAGCAUCUUGCUAUAGUUUUAGAUAAUAAGCUACUUAGUGCUCCAACAAUAAAUCAACCAAUUAUGGGUGGUAGCGGUAUAAUCUCAGGUGAUUUUACUGUUGAAUCGGCAAAUGAACUUGCGUUAUUAUUACGUGCCGGCUCACUGCCUGCACCGCUUAAGAUUAUUGAAGAAAGAAGUAUACGACCGAAUCUUGGAGCUGAUUCUAUAGAAUCGGGAAAAAAGGCAGGGAUAAUUGGUUUUGCAGCAGUUUGUAUAUUUAUGGUCUGGUCUUAUGGCUUGCUUGGUUUAUUUGCAAAUAUAGCUUUAAGUCUUGCUAUGCUAUAUGUUUUAGCAUUAUUGUCGCUUUUCCAAGCUACCUUAACUCUGCCAGGGAUUGCUGGGAUAAUACUUACUAUGGGUAUGGCUGUUGACGCUAAUGUAUUGAUUUACGAGCGAAUAAAGGAAGAGCUAAAUAAAGGAACUUCCAACCUUUAUGCUAUUAAAACCGGUUUUGAGUCAGCCUUUGCUACUAUUUUGGAUUCUAACCUUACUACUCUGAUUGUUGCUUUUCUACUUUAUAUAUUUGGAGUUGGAGCAAUAAAAGGAUUUGCUGUAGCAUUAACAAUCGGGAUUAUAUCAUCGAUGUUUUCAGCAAUUAUUAUUACUAAAUUACUAAUAGAUAUUUGGGUAAAAUAUUUUAAACCUAAAAAACUAGGCCUUGUAUAA